AUGAGUAUGGGCAUCGAGGAACAAGUGCGUUCACGAAGCAUCGGAUCAGAAAGCGAUUCCAAAGCACGGAGCCGGUGUGAAGUUACGAGCUGGUGAGGAUGGUGAACUGGGUGCAAGUAGCCAAGCAGCAGCUGGUGCACCGCCUGGCGAAGAAGGCAGGGCUGCAGCCAUGCGCCGUCGACGUCGACGAUGCCGGCACGGUAAUGAACUUCUGGGUGCCCAAGGACACGCUGCCAGCCUGCCCCGAGCCGGCGGCGGAGAGGAGGAAGGAGGAAGCGAAGCGAGACAGCAGCAGGCUCGCCGUCGUUCUCCUCCACGGCUUCGCGGGCGACGGCAUCCUCACGUGGGUGCUCCAGGUCGGUGCCCUCGCCAAGCACUACGGUUACGUCCCGGACCUGCUCUUCUUCGGCGGCUCGGCGUUGCCGGCGGGCGGCGGGGGCGGCCGGUCCCCGGCGUUCCAGGCGGACUGCGUGGCGGCGGCGCUGCGGAGGCUCGGCGUGGGGCGGUGCGCGGUGGUCGGGUUCAGCUACGGCGGCUUCGUGGCGUUCCGGAUGGCGGAGGCGCACCCGGGCCUGGUCGCGUCGGUCGUCGUCACGGGCUCCCUGGCGGACAUGACCUGCUCCACCAGCGAGCGCAUGCUGCGGAGGCUCGGCGCCGCGUCGUUCGCCGAGCUGCUCCUCCCUGGCGACGUCGCCGGGCUCAGGUCGCUCUUCGCCGCGGGCACCCACAGGAAGUGGUGGUUCCCUGAUUUCGUCCUCAAGGACUACCUCGAGCUGAUGAUGUUUAACCGCAAGGAGAGGGCGGAACUGCUGGAGGGCAUGGUGAUCAGCGACGAAGACGCAGCUGCACCUUCUUUUCGGCAGGACAUACUUUUGCUAUGGGGCGAGAACGACAGCAUCUUCACCGUGGAGCUCGCGAGCAAGCUCAAAGAGCAGCUGGGCGAGAGGGCGGCGCUGCGGAGCGUCAGAGAGGCGGGGCAUCUGGUCAUGCUGGAGCGGCCCCGCGCCUUCAACCGCUGCCUCAGGGAGUUCCUGUUGCUGCAGCAGCAGCCGCGUACGACGACAACGGCGAUGGCGGCGUCCAAGGCGGGUCUCUAGCGUGCUUUUAAUUCGUCAGGGCAAAGAACGCGCAUCCAUUUAUUAAUGGAUCAGCUGGCGGUUAGGGAUGGCGCCCAUGCUAUGUGGUACCCCUGAUAUGAACGUGCUUAAUUUGUUUGCUUGAUAAACGAUGUUAUGAUUUGAGUAAUAUUUCGUUUCAAAAAAAUGAUUUGAGUAAUAUGGUAGCUGUUGGUAGUUUGGUACUUCUGUAAAAUAUUGUAUGGA